AUGCCUCCAAAGAAACCCGUCCCAGCUGCGGGAAGUAAAAAGACUCAGGAAAAGAAAAAGGAAAAGAUAAUAGAGGACAAGACAUUUGGCUUAAAAAACAAAAAGGGGGCCAAACAGCAAAAGUUCAUAAAGAAUGUGACGCAGCAGGUGAAGCAUGGCCAGCAGAGCACACGACAGGUAGAUGCCGGGACCAAAAAGGGUGACAAAAAGAAGGAAUUAGAUGAACUCAAUGAGCUCUUCAAACCUGUUGUUGCAGCUCAGAAAGUCAGCAAAGGUGUCGACCCAAAGUCUGUACUGUGUGCAUUCUUCAAGCAAGGCCAGUGUACAAAGGGAGACAAGUGCAAGUUCAGCCAUGACUUGUCCAUGGAGAGAAAAUGCGAGAAGAGGAACAUGUAUGUUGACGAAAGAGAUGAAGAUUUGGAGAAAGACACUAUGGACAACUGGGAUGAAAAGAAGUUGGAGGAGGUGGUAAAUAAAAAACAUAGCGAAGCGGACAAGGCCAAAACAGCCAAAACACAAAUUGUGUGCAAGUUUUUUCUGGAUGCCAUAGAGAGUAAUAAGUAUGGCUGGUUUUGGGUGUGUCCAAAAGGAGGAGACACCUGUAUGUAUCGCCAUGCACUGCCACCUGGUUUUGUCCUGAAGAAGGACAAGAAGAAGGAAGAGAAGGAGGAAGAGAUCUCGUUGGAGGAGCUCAUAGAGAAAGAGCGUUCAGCCCUCGGGCCAAAUGUCACUCGAAUUACGCUGGAAACUUUUCUGGCUUGGAAAAAGAGAAAACGACAGGAGAAGGUGGACCGGGCCAGGGAGGAGAUGGAGAAGAAAAAAGCAGAUUUCAAGGCUGGAAAAUCUCUAGUGGUGAGCGGGCGAGAAGUGUUCGAGUUCCGUCCAGAGCUGGUGGAUGACGACGAUGAUGAAGCAGAUGACACCAAAUAUGCAGAAGAGGAUGACGACGAUGUGGAAGAGGAGGAAGCACAGGAUGAUGCUACAGUGCAGGACAUAGAUCUAUCUCGUUUUGUUCCACAAGAGGUUGACAACACCGGUAUUACUGUUGCUGCCAUGGACCGCUUCACCUCCAGAAGAAUAGAACAGACGUCAGAAACUGAUGAGCACCUGAAUGGCGCAUGCGGAGGUGAGACCAACGGCCUCUCGGAAGAAGGUGAAGAGGACGAGGUUCCUGUGGAUGAGAACCUGUUCACUGGAGAGGACCUGGACGAACUGGAUGAGGAGCUUAACACCCUGGACCUGGAGGACUGA